CAAAUCCAAACUCAGGAUAACCCUUUACUAAAUUUCAUAAACGGAUAGGCUAACAAAGAGCCUGGUGGUCUCCUCCUCCUUCCCAUGGAGACUCUACUACAACUACACUCCUCCGCGGCUUUUCUUACUCCAAAGCCUCUCAAUCGAAUUGGGUCUUCUGGGUAUCAAAGCUUACGCCUCCUAUUUUUCUCAAAUGGGUUUUCUUCUUCACUCUCUCUCAACAUAAGCCGGAGGGUCUCUGUCAUUGUUGGAGCCAAGAAGAACAGAAAAGAAGACACUCAUCAUUUUGUACCUAAACCAGAUGAAGCUACUGGCCCAUUUCCUGAAGCUGUGUUAUUCAAAGAGAAAAAAGUUGAGAAAGAUGGUAAAUUAGUUCCUGAAUUUGCUGAUGCAGAAGAAGAGAAGAUAUAUGAAGUUCUGAAGCUUCAGCUGGAAAAUGAUCUGGAAGAGGAACAGAGACUGCGCCACUAUGAAGUGGUUUAUCUAAUUCAUGAGAAGCACGCUGAAGAGGUUGAGAGUGUCAAUGCAAAAGUUAAUGAAUUUUUAAGGGAGAAGAGAGGCAAGAUAUGGAGAAUAAGCGAUUGGGGUAUGCGUAGACUAGCAUACAAGAUACAGAAAGCAAAGAAUGCACAUUAUUUUUUGAUGAACUUUGAGAUGGAUGCUAAAUGGAUUAACGAUUUCAAGAGCAUGUUGGACAAAGACGAAAGAGUCAUUAGGCAUCUUGUGAUUAAGAGGGAUGAGGCGAUCACAGAGGAUUGCCCUCCUCCUCCUGAGUUUCACUCUAUGCGAUCUGGUAUGGAGGAUGAUGAUGAAGAUGAAGAUAUAGAAUAUGAUGAUGAAGAAUAUGAUGAGGAUUGGGAUGCUGAAGGUGAGAUCGAAGAUGAAGACGGGAUUAUUAUAGUCAGUGAUGAAGAUGAGGAAGAUAGCACUAGCAAAUCUGGUGGUAAAUCCAAAACUAGCAAACUAAAAGCUGAGAAAGUAGGUAGGUAGAUAGUUUCUUGGUUAUUCCUUUUUGCACCUUGAUUAUGGUGCCGUGAGAGAUUUAGGGAGAGUUCCAUGUAGUAGAUGAUAGUAUAUUUUGUCUAAUAUUGAGUUAAAGAAAUAGCCUAUACAAAGCAGAGUUAUAUUGGGUAGUAGAUUAUCAUUAUUCAAUGCAGUUAUCAUCUAAAGAAUCAUGAAGAAAUAGUCGAAAACUUGGAGUUGUUUGGUUGCAACUACAUUAAAGUUUUGAUAUGGGCAAAGGUUUGAGGCUGAAGAUUUCUUUAAGGUUUGAUUAUAGUUCAAGUAAAAUCAAGUGGCAUCAAAAUUGAGAUGAGAUGCCCCCUUUGGUGUUUA